CUUGUUGUUAAUUGUGCUUAUUUCCAUAAUUCCUAUCAAGGUUUUGUUAUUUGGGAUGCAUCGGUGUGGGACGGGAAUCAAAUUCAUGGUGUCUUCUUUUCCCAUUUCUCUUCUCGUCUUCCAUUGAAGCCGGCCACUAGAUUCCAAAUCUUUCCUUCUUCACUGUCUCGUUCUCUUUUUCCCUUUCCCCAUUUCAUUUUCUCUCACCCAAAUUUUGCCUCCGCCUUCUGAAAUUCCACACCAUCUCACUGUACAAUCCCCAAGAUUGCAUCUUUAUCUCCAUCCCCAAUCUGGGUCUUCCCCAAAUUGCAGAUUCAUGGGAAUCUCAAACCCCCGUGGAUCUCGAAUCUAAGCGCAAUUAGGGUUUGUUGCGUUAGAGCAUAUUGUAAAACCUCCUAAGUAUGUCUUAUUACUCAGCAGCGGGCAGUAACUAUGACUCUGCUGCAACUUGUUGCGCAAGCUCAGAGGCUUUAGCAGAGCUUAAGGUUUACCAAGCUUGCAUCUUUUCUGUCCCCGUUUUCUUUGCCUUCAUUCUCCUCUUCUUGUUCUAUUAUUUCUAUCUUCGCCGGCAAAGUGCCCGUUGGUCUUCUUUGAGGAUGAAUGCCUCUUCUUUGCAGGCUGGUGGAGAUGAGAUUUCCAGGUGUGAAUUGGGGUUGAAGAAGGAGGUGAGAGAGAUGCUACCAGUUAUUGUGUUCAAUGAGAGCUUCUCAGUCAAAGACUCUCAGUGUUCAGUGUGUUUAGGGGACUACCAAGCAGAUGAUCGGCUUCAACAAAUACCGAGUUGUGGCCAUAUAUUUCACGAGGAUUGCAUUGACCAUUGGCUCUCCACACAUACUACAUGUCCACUCUGUCGACACUCCCUUCUCGUUCCCACUCAUACUUCCACGGUUAACCCCACACACGGCAGUCUAGAAACCAUUUCCAUGCCAUCUAAUCUUGAAGACGGUACGUCUCUUGAACCUAACGUGAAUUUUCCCGAGCCCGAAACGAGAGAAUUGGGAGAAUGAUACAAGUGGAAAUUUUGUGGAGGACAAGUAGCAAUUCAGAUGUUCAUUAACCACGUUUGGUCUAAGGUUUCUUGGAAAUAGUCUCUGUAUCUUUUAUUAUUAUUAUUAUUAUGAAGAAGGUCUGCGUACACCUAACCUCCUGAAACCCCACCACAGUAGAUUUUAUUGAGUAUGUUGUUGUAUUAACUAAUAACCAUGUUAAGCGGAGCAAGUGUAGGUGUUAAAUGUUUUGAUCAUUUGAAUGUAUUUGUAAAAGGACCCUUUGAUGAAUGAAAAUUGUAAAAUUGU